AUGCUCGCUGCCUUGCUUACUUUCUGCUUACUUAUUGCCGCACAUGUCGACGGUGCCGCUAUCCCAAGAGUCCUGAAGAGAGAUGAAGUGCAGAGGCGGGGGAGCUUUACGCUGCCGCUGAAGAGGCGGGUCGUGCCGAGGACGGCGUCAGGAAUGCAGAGGCGCGGCGCGUACAGCGGAGUGACCGGUUUAGGCGACUUUGCCGAUCUAUUCUACUCGGUACCGAUUACAAUAGGCUCAACAGAGACGUCCGUCAACCUCGAUACCGGUUCCUCUGAUCUCUGGGUCGCCACAUCCGACUGUCUUGCCUCCUCUCCGGCAUGUGCGGCAUCCAACACAUUGCAACCAAUCACGUCUAAAGGACUCGCACUACCUGCGGGUCUGACGGCUUCACCAUCCGUCAACCUCUUAUUUGGCGACUCCACGACUGGCACACAUGCAGCAGGGCCCGUCAAUGCAGAGCCUGCGUCUAUCGCAGGAUUGAGCAUGGACACACAGGUGUUCGCUGCUGUUAACGACACGGACAGCAGUGCCAUCACCGGAGGGUCGAGCGGCAUCUUGGGCAUGGGCUUCUUCGAGGCCAGCCAAGUACAAGCUGCCGUAGUCAACGACAAGUUCAACUCGCCAGAGACAACCGACCAGUUCAUCGAGGCCGCAGCAACCUAUGGUCCCCUCACCACGCGUCUCGCACUAUCCGGCCAACUCGAACAACCCAUGUUCGCUCUCAUGUUGCAACGCAACACCAUCGACGUCUCCGGCGACAACGGAGUCGUCUCUGUAGGACGUCUGCCCGAAGGCAUCGAUAACUCGAGCUUGACUUGGUUGCCCGUUCGGCUGUACACUCCCGAGGAGGGCGGACUGAACCCGCCCACCUUCGCGUCGGACGAGGUCUACCCGCUUCGUUGGGAGGUCCCGCUGGACGCUGUGUAUAUCGAUGGCAAACAAGUGGAGAACAACGCAGGCAAGAGCGUAACUGCUCUCAUUGAUACAGGCAACUCAAUCCUGCGCGGACCUGACGCAACCGUCUCCAAGAUCCUGUCCACCGUCUCCCCAAACGCAACCAAGACCGGCUCGCCCACCUUCCCUUGCGCCGACGCACACACCCUCUCGUUCCAACUCGGCGGAGUGAACUUCCCUGUCGACCUCGCGCAGAACCAGACGGGCGAUGCGGAGACGUGUGUGGCGAGCAGGAUCGUUUCGACGGAUGCGCCGAGCACGGGCUCGCUGUUCAGCUGGAGCUUGGGCGACCCGUUCUUCCGAUCCAAUCUCGUCGCGUUCUACUACGGUAACCUCACCCAUCCGUCCGUCGACCCGCCUCGCAUCGGAUUCCUCUCGAUGGUCCCCACCAAUGCCUCCGCCGAGCUCGCAGAAGCAGUAUCAGACGCGCAGGAUAACAAUGGCAACUUCGAGAGCACUUCGCAAGCCGCGUCCACGGCUACAGCCGCCGCUCAAUCACUUCUUAUCAAGGAGAACGUAGCUUCAUCGACGUCGUACCCGGUGACGGAGACCGCCACGGUCACUGUUGCUCCUGCGAGCGAAGUCGCAUAUCCGACGUGGACGCCCAGUGCGCGGAGUAGCAGCGCGAAUCUUGCGAGUGCUACGGGCUCGACGAGCGCAUCGGGCACGGCGGGGACGUCAGGCACGACGGAUACGACGGGUACGACGACGACGGUCACGGCGGCGUCAGGAGCCGAACAUAGACGGACAAGCCCCUUGAUCUUCGUGGGCGCGUCGCUUUGGGCGCUCUAUCAAAUGCUACUAUAA